CGGGGAGCGAGACUGUCUAGAACGGGGCUAGAGGCAUAUUACGUGACAUGCAUAAGUUCACGUUAAAUUAAAAGGGUUAUACUUUUGUUGGGUUUGUGCUCCCCACACUUCAUGUUCCACCAGCCUGAAGUAAUUGCAGUAAAAUUGCAACCGCCGUCAUCCUUUACCACCAUCCAGUUGUUAAAGGCAGUUAAGCACAAAUAUUCUUAUGUUUAUGUGACGGAUCACUCGUGGGCUAUACCAAAUGAACCAUAAUAACCCAGUGUUUAAACAAUCCGCCGUUGGAGUUUGGUGGAUGCCUAUUUUACCGGUUUGGGCUUCUCCAGUUCUUCACAAUGGGACCUGAUGGGCACUGCCGUGGUUACACCUGACCAUGUGAGGCUGACCCCAGACCUGCAGAGCAGACAGGGAGCAGUGUGGAGUCGAAUUCCUUUGUUAUUGCGGGAUUGGGAGCUCAAGGUGCACUUUAAAAUCCAUGGCCUGGGAAAGAAGAAUUUGAACGGGGAUGGACUGGCCAUCUGGUUAACCAGAGAUCGCAUGCAGAAUGGUCCUGUGUUUGGUAACAUGAACCAGUUCAUUGGACUAGGAAUAUUUGUGGACACUUACCCCAAUGCUGACAAGAGCCAUGAUAGGGCUUUCCCGUAUAUAUCAGUGAUGCUGGGGAAUGGGACUCUGUCAUAUGAUCACGAUCAUGAUGGACGGACCACUGAACUUGGGGGGUGCACCGCUAUGGCACGCAACUCAGUCUCCGACACGUUGCUCCUCAUCAGAUACUCCAAAAACAGACUCAUGCUCAUGGUGGAUGUGGAUGGCAAGCAGGAAUGGAAACACUGUGUUGACAUCACGGGACUGCGGCUACCUACAGGCUACUUCUUUGGUGCCUCCUCCGCCACAGGAGACCUAUCAGAUAACCAUGACAUCAUCUCCAUGAAGUUGUAUCAGCUGACAGUAGAGAGGACCCCUGAGGAGGAGAAGGAAGAAGAGGAUGAGGUCACCAUUCCCAGAGUGGACGACAUGGAACAGUUCCAAGUGGAUGUCCAGGAGGUAGGGAUGAGUGGAGUCCAGUUCUUCUUCACCCUCCUCUUCUCUGCCCUGGGCCUGGGUGUGCUGGCAGUGGUAGGACUGAUGGCUUACGGGCGCUGGACGGAAAACAGACGUAAACGCUUCUAUUGAUCAGAGACCAAUUGAUCCACGUAGGUUUUCAGAAUGUAUGGUUCGUAAUCGACAUACAUUACAACAAUGCAAAGACUGCCAUAGCUUUACUGAAACCAUACAACUAAAUGAACUGAAUGAACAACCUCAUGGGCCUGAAGCCCUGAGCCAAGAGAACAUAAACAGCCGAGAUGAACAGGUGAAGAGAUCAUGAACAGUGUCCAGUGGAUGCAGCUCUGUCGCACUGCGGUUCCUUCGCGGCUGAGAGACGAUCCACUGACUUUCGGUGCCAAUCAGUGGUGUGUACAAUUAAGUAAGCGGGUUCCAGUCAUCUUUCUCCUGUAAGCUGAAUUCUUAACUGUCAUGUAAAUGAGAAACUUUGUUUCUGUGAUUCUGGAGGAGGAUCAGGUUAAACUGAUUUCCUCAGUUAGAUUUGCAGAGAAUGCUGAUUUCUCUGCCACGCAAGCAGGUAACCAGGUAUGCAUGUGCAUGACAAAAGACUGCAGACAGGCAAAGUAACAGUGGAGCAGCCAAAUGAAAGGACAGAUCAUUACAGAGCAAUGUGUCCACAUAUUUAAAAGGAAUCCAGCCAAGGUCCGACUGAACUGAAUCGAAUGCAUCCUAAUAAAUAAGUCGGGUCCACUGCUGAACAUUUGACUGUUUGUAAAGCACAAACACUUUUGCUCCGCUCUGUCUGUCAGUCUGUUGUCAUCUUCUCUCUGUGCUUCUCCAAUGCAGACACACACACACCAGAAAAAAGGAUGUGUUGCAGCAUCCUGUACCACUACUACAGUUAAAAUCUGCAAGCCGUGCUUCCAAAAUGAAAUGCAUCACUUUUAUGAUGCAUUUCAUUUGUAACAUUUUCCUUUACGUACAAACAGUAAAACCAUUUUUUCUGAAGCACAAGAGGGAAUGCUGCAUUUUUCCUGGUUUUCCUCCUGCUAAUAUAUAUAUAGAUGGGACAGGGUGCGACCUGAAGUAAUUAAAAUGAGUAAAGUACAGCCAAAGGUAUCAAAAAUAUCAGUGUCAUAAAUAAGCUGCAAACAUGGUUUUAAAAUAUGCUUGUAAAAAACAAAAAAAUGUCGGUAAAACAGCUUAAAACCAAUAUUGGAAAAGACUCUGCUCAAGAACAGACCGAUUCAAGCACUGCACCCCUGAAUCAUUUACAAUGGACUUCUGAACUGCGAUAGACAGGUGACACAGCCAAAUCUAUUGAACACACGGGGUUAUUCAAAUAGGCUUUUUCCCAGCGGACAUUUUGACUUGUCAAAGAAGGAAAAGCACAGGUGUUACUCAGAACGAAGAGGUGGCUCAGUUCUAGUCAAGUGUCCCAGUAAGUCAGGAAAGUGUGACAGAGAGCCAGCAUGCACAGUACCAGGACCCUGAAAGUGAAGCAGCUAAAUGGAAUUCAUCCAUCCUUCAUUUUAUUAUUCAAACCUAUGCUUUUCUUAAUGUGACACUUCAAAGUGUCUUCCAUUAAAAACGGCCUGUAGUCACUUCAUGUAGUCCUCAUAAAUGGGUGGGUUUUCCCUCUGCAGAAGUACAUUUAUAGUGCAAACGUCAACUGAAGGCAAACCAAGUCAGAUUCCAGGGAUGUUUUAAACUGAAAGUUAGAUCUGCACUUCUCUGUCAGUGUGUUUUGUGACUGCAGGCCUCUCCUGUGUGACAUUUUGUAUUUUUCUAAACAUAUCUCGUGUUCACACCAGGAGGGAAAAAAAUCCAGAGGCCAAAACUGUAAAACCCCAUUUGAUGAAAAACUGCCGUCAGGUUUAAUCUGUAUGUUUAUCUGUGGAGUACGCAAUAAAAUUCUACAUGUCAUGAAAAUCUCCCUAGGUGACACGCACUCACGAAGUUAAAGCCCACACAACACAGCAAGCAGGUUAAAUUAGUAGGUAAGAGGGCACACAAUGAUACGGAUAGAAAAUAGCAACUCUAAAGCAGUACAAUACAGUGCAGCAUUGAUUCAGAAAGCUUUUAAUGAAGCAAAUGAAAUUCACUUCUUUGUAACAGUGAAAUAUUUGUAGGGCUGUUAACUACUAGGGAGAUUUUCAUGUAGUUGUAUUGUCAUUUUGGUUCUCAUAGCUGUUUGAAGCCAUAUCAAUCAGUAGUUAACUAUAAUGAAAACCACUUCAUGUUCUUGCUUAGAGUUACAACUCUAUCAGCUGGUUCUUGACGUUUUGUAGACAGAGUCCAAUGUUGACUGUUUUUUCUCUUUUCCUCUAAUUGUCUGUGUAGGUGCUUUUGUUUUCUCUCUGAAUGUCAAGCUAUUUGUCCUAAUCAUUAAAUUCAUGAGCCAUCAUUGGGACAAACAGCCCUGUAGUUGAUAAUUUAAAUAGUAAUGUUAAGCAAAUUCUGCUUUUAUUUUGCUAAUCAAAAUCUUCGUCUGAAGAAAUAGAAAAAUGCAAGUAAAGGGCAAAUGUUCUUCUUGGUCCUGUGUCUGAUUUUGUGUUUUUUUUCAGUAAACGUUUCUAUUGUGAUUUAA